AAGCGGCUCAUGGCAGAUGAGCUGGAGAGACUUACCAGCAUGAGAAUUAAGAAGGAGAAGGAAAAGCCCAAUUCUGCUCAUAGAAAUUCUUCUGCAUCAUAUGGGGAUGAUCCCACAGCACAGUCAUUGCAAGAUGUUUCCGAUGAGCAAGUUCUAGUUCUCUUUGAACAGAUGCUGCUGGAUAUGAACCUGAAUGAGGAGAAGCAACAACCUUUGAGGGAGAAGGACAUCAUAAUCAAGAGGGAAAUGGUGUCCCAAUACUUGCACACCUCUAAGGCUGGCAUGAACCAAAAGGAGAGCUCUAGGUCUGCCAUGAUGUACAUUCAGGAGUUGAGAUCAGGCUUGCGGGAUAUGCCUCUGCUCAGCUGUCUGGAGUCCCUUCGUGUCUCUCUGAAUAACAACCCUGUCAGUUGGGUGCAGACAUUUGGUGCUGAAGGCCUGGCUUCCUUAUUAGAUAUCCUUAAACGACUUCAUGAUGAGAAAGAAGAGACUGCUGGAAGCUACGAUAGCCGAAACAAGCAUGAGAUCAUUCGCUGCUUGAAAGCUUUUAUGAACAACAAGUUUGGAAUCAAGACCAUGUUGGAGACAGAAGAAGGAAUCCUACUACUGGUCAGAGCUAUGGAUCCUGCUGUUCCCAGCAUGAUGAUUGAUGCAGCUAAGCUGCUUUCUGCUCUUUGUAUUCUACCACAGCCAGAAGACAUGAAUGAAAGGGUUUUGGAGGCAAUGACAGAAAGAGCUGAGAUGGAUGAGAUGGAACGUUUCCAACCACUGCUGGAUGGAUUAAAAAGUGGGACCUCCAUUGCACUCAAGGUGGGAUGCCUACAGCUGAUCAAUGCUCUCAUCACACCAGCUGAAGAACUUGACUUCCGAGUUCACAUCCGAAGUGAACUGAUGCGCUUGGGACUACAUCAGGUGUUACAGGACCUUCGAGAGAUUGAAAAUGAUGAUAUGAGAGUACAACUAAAUGUGUUUGAUGAACAAGGGGAGGAGGAUUCCUAUGACCUGAAGGGACGACUGGAUGACAUUCGCAUGGAGAUGGAUGACUUUAGUGAAGUCUUUCAGAUUCUCUUAAACACAGUGAAGGAUUCAAAGGCAGAGCCACACUUCUUGUCCAUCCUGCAGCACCUACUGUUGGUCCGAAAUGACUAUGAGGCCAGACCACAAUACUAUAAGUUGAUUGAAGAAUGUAUUUCCCAGAUAAUUCUGCACAAGAAUGGGGCUGAUCCUGACUUCAAGUGCCGGCACCUCCAGAUUGAUAUUGAGGGAUUGAUUGAUCAAAUGAUUGAUAAAACAAAAGUGGAGAAAUCUGAAGCCAGAGCUACAGAGCUGGAAAAAAAGCUGGACUCAGAGUUAACAGCCCGACAUGAGCUACAGGUGGAAAUGAAAAAGAUGGAAAGUGACUUUGAGCAGAAGCUUCAGGAUCUUCAGGGAGAAAAAGAUGCAUUGGAUUCUGAAAAGCAACAGAUUGCCACAGAGAAACAGGAUCUGAAAGUGGAGGUGUCCCAGCUCACAGGAGAGGUUGCCAAGCUGUCAAAGGAACUGGAAGAUGCCAAGAAAAAGAUGGCUUCCCUCUCUGCAGCAGUUGUUGCUGUAGCCCCUGUUUCUAGUAGUGCUACUGUUCCCCCUGCCCCUCCCUUACCUGGUGACUCUGGCACUGUCAUUCCAUCACCACCUCCCCCUCUUUUACCAGGGGAGGGUAGCAUACCACCCCCACCUCCUCCUCCACCACCUCCCCCUCCUUUGCUUGGAGCUACUGCCAUUCCUCCACCCCCUCCUUUACCUGGGAGUGCUGCUAUUCCCCCUCCUCCCCCUUUGCUUGUGGGUGGUAUUCCUCCACCACCUCCUUUGUCUGGAGGUAUUGCCAUCCCCCCACCACCUCCUUUGCCUGGAAGUAUUGCUGUCCCCCCACCACCUCCUUUGCCUGGAAGUAUUGCUGUCCCCCCACCACCUCCUUUGCCUGGAAAUAUUGCUGUCCCCCCCCCACCUCCUUUGCCUGGGGAUGCUGGAAUCCCCCCACCCCCCCCUCCUUUGCCUGGAGGGCCAGGAAUGCCCCCUCCCCCUCUUCUUGGUGGUCCUGGAAUCCCUCCACCCCCUCCAUUUCCUGGAGGCCCUGGCAUUCCUCCACCUCCACCUGGAAUGGGUAUGCCUCCACCUCCCCCCUUUGGAUUUGGAGUUCCUGCAGCCCCAGUUCUGCCAUUUGGGUUAACCCCCAAAAAACUUUAUAAGCCAGAAGUACAGCUCCGGAGGCCAAAUUGGUCCAAGUUUGUUGCUGAGGACCUUUCCCAGGACUGCUUCUGGACAAAAGUGAAGGAAGACCGCUUUGAGAACAAUGACCUUUUCACCAAACUUAACCUUACCUUCUCUGCCCAGACCAAGACUUCCAAAGCCAAGAAGGAUCAGGAAGGUGGAGAAGAAAAGAAAUCUGUGCAAAAGAAAAAAGUAAAAGAGUUAAAGGUGUUGGAUUCAAAGACGGCCCAGAAUCUCUCAAUCUUCUUGGGUUCCUUCCGCAUGCCCUAUCAGGAGAUUAAGAAUGUCAUCCUGGAGGUGAAUGAGGCUGUUCUGACUGAGUCUAUGAUCCAGAACCUCAUUAAGCAGAUGCCAGAGCCAGAGCAGUUAAAAAUGCUUUCUGAACUGAAGGAUGAAUAUGAUGAUCUGGCUGAGUCAGAGCAGUUUGGCGUGGUGAUGGGCACCGUGCCCCGAUUGCGGCCUCGCCUCAAUGCCAUCCUCUUCAAGCUACAAUUCAGUGAACAGGUGGAGAAUAUCAAACCAGAGAUUGUGUCUGUUACUGCUGCAUGUGAGGAAUUACACAAGAGUGAGAGCUUUUCCAGCCUCUUAGAGAUUACCUUGCUUGUUGGAAACUAUAUGAAUGCUGGCUCCAGGAAUGCUGGUGCUUUUGGCUUCAAUAUCAGCUUUCUCUGUAAGCUUCGAGACACCAAGUCCACAGAUCAGAAGAUGACGUUGUUGCACUUCUUGGCUGAGUUGUGUGAGAAUGACUAUCCUGAUGUCCUCAAGUUUCCAGAUGAGCUUGCCCAUGUGGAGAAGGCCAGCCGAGUGUCUGCUGAAAACUUGCAAAAGAACCUAGAUCAGAUGAAGAAACAGAUUUCUGAUAUGGAACGUGAUGUUCAGAAUUUCCCAGCUGCCACAGAUGAAAAAGACAAGUUUGUUGAAAAAAUGACUAGCUUUGUGAAAGAUGCACAGGAGCAAUACAACAAGCUGCAAAUGAUGCACUCCAACAUGGAGACCCUCUACAAGGAACUCGGCGAGUACUUCCUCUUUGACCCCAAGAAGUUAUCUGUGGAAGAAUUCUUCAUGGAUCUGCACAACUUCAGGAAUAUGUUUUUGCAAGCAGUCAAGGAGAAUCAGAAGCGACGGGAGACAGAGGAAAAGAUGCGGCGAGCAAAACUAGCCAAGGAGAAGGCAGAGAAGGAGCGGCUCGAGAAGCAGCAGAAGAGAGAGCAGCUCAUAGACAUGAAUGCAGAGGGUGAUGAGACAGGUGUGAUGGACAGUCUUCUAGAAGCUCUGCAGUCAGGGGCAGCGUUUCGACGGAAGAGAGGGCCCCGUCAAGCCAACAGGAAGGCCGGGUGUGCAGUCACAUCUCUGCUAGCUUCAGAGCUGACCAAGGAUGAUGCCAUGACUGCUGUUCCUGCCAAGGUGCCCAAGACCAGUGAGGCAGUCCCCACAAUCCUUGAGGAAGCCAAGGAGUUGGUUGGCCGUGCAAGCUGAGCUAGCUCCUAAGGCCACCGCAGCUCCUCAGAGGAGCCCCAGACUGUCCUGCCCUGCAGCAUGUGCCUGAAGGCUCCAGGGGGAAGUCCUCUGGUGGCCACUCCCACUCCCCUGACCCUGUCUCUCUCUCUGGCCUGCUGCUCUGAACAUCACUUACAGCUUCAGCUGCCUGGAGGCCAGGAGGAAAGGGCAGUGUGGGCAGGCCUGGGCCCGGCCCAGCCAGCCCUGGCUGUUGUGUUACCAAAGCAGGGUCCGUGUCUGCUGCCUUAACCCUGUCCGCGCUCUGGUCUCAGGCCAGGCCCAGCUUGCUUCCUAGCCCUGACUUACUAGUGGGCUUUCCCCUGGGUCAGUCUUGCUGGAUUCAUGCUUUUCUUUUGUGGUUUCUCUGGCCCUGAGAACAGCAUGGGGCUUGUGAGCCUUUGGGCCAGAUCCUUCAUUGCUGUCACCUCCACUCUUCCCUUCCCUCUCCUGGCUAUUAUUUAUUACUAGUGGUGUGUGGCAUUGGGGGCUGCACCUUCGGAAGUGAGGAGCAAACUCCACCUUCCUGGGAAAGGGCUCCCGAAACAAAAAGGGUCUGGACCACUUACCUAUUCUGCUAACCCAGGUCAGAGCUGUGGGCAGGCAGAUCUUAGCGACAGUGUGGGGCCUGCCCAGCCUACUGCCACACGGCGUGUCCUGCCUCUCGGGACCCUCUGCACCAGCCCAGACUCCUGAGCCAAGGUCUCUUCUCACGCCUUCCCCAGAGCUUUGGUGCAUCUCAUCUGGACCAUGGGCUGUAUUGUGACCAUCCCAGUACCUCCCUCUCUGUCUCCAAGGAAACGGGAGGUGUGGAGCCUCCUGGCUGAGAAAUUGUUUUGCAAAUGGAUCUAUUUUUGUAUGAAAAAAAAUUUUUUUAAAGAAAACUCUUCCUUCUCCCUUUCUCCUCCAUAAUGUGAGAGGCUUUGAGGGCAGUUCCAGAGUUCCCAGGGUUUUUCCACACGACCCUCAAUCCUAAACAUGGCCCUUGGACCUUCUGGACCCCUGAGACCAAGGCAGACCUUCUCUCCCACAGGACCUGGGGCAGGAGGAACCUCUUCUCUGGUUGAGUGACCCAGAGCUAAGAGUAGCGAGAGCACUAGGACCACAGAGUUUUUAUAACUGUAAUAAAUGUACCAAGCCAAAUGUGCACAUGCUGAUGGGACUCUCUGGGAGUGGGCACAGGAAGUGCCCUCGCACACUGUACCCCGCUCUGUUCUGAACAGUGGGUAGGCCAAACUGUUGAGUGGCCCUAACCACAGGGAGCUCGGAGGACACUUCUGCCCUCCUUUGUGCCCCUUUCAACUUUCCAUCCCCAGCUAGGGAGUAAGAAUGGCACUGUUAGGGCUGAGCCCAGAACUCUAGCUGUUAGUGCAAGUGGAGCUUCAGAAACUUAAGGGCGGGCAGUACAGGGAGGCCUCACUGCCAGAAGGGAGGGUUGGUUGCUAGCGCCUGUGUAAGAAGGGCAGCGGCAGCUCCUUUGAGCUAUUCCCAGGAAGGCCGGUGGUGCAGGGGUCUUCAGCUCGCCUGGGUCGCCUUCUUCCUGCUCGCUGACAUCUGGGGCUUUGGCCUUUUCUUUUUUUAAUCUACUUUUGCUAAGACGCAUUUAAUAAAAAAGGGGGGGGGGAACAAAAUGCAAACCUAUUUCCCCACCUCUUGGGCUUCUGGGUGGAACAUCAUCACCCUCAGUUUGUUGGUUUUGUUUCCAACUGUUAAUAAAGCAUUGAAAAUACUGCC